CCCCAAAUGCAGUGCCAUUGCAUUGCGAAGAGAUGAGCCGAUCUAAUCUAAGGAUUUAUUUUUCAAAAUCUGAAAAUAGUUGGCAGUGAGGCGCCCUUUCCUUUCCUUUGCAUUUAUUCAAAUAAAUAAAUGAGAAAUAUAGAGAAGUGAAGGCGGAAGAGUGAGAGAGUAGAGAGGAUGAUGGUUGAUACGAAAUUUGCGUCGUUAUUGGAGAAUUUGAAGGUACAGGAUCCAUGGCUUCCCCCAAAAACAUGGGAAUCGAUUCCCUCUGAGAGUGGACUUCGCUCUUCUCCUAAAUCAAACCAACCUCUCUGUCACCUCUCCACUCUCUCUGAAUCAAGUUUGGUGAGGUUGGCAAUGAAUGCUAUGCAAGGUGCAAAAUCAUCCCUUGUUAGUAUUCAAAACAUAUCUAGCACAUUUUGUUCUGAUCCAGCUGACAGGACCUUCCUCCAGAUUCCUAACCUCUGGAAUCGUGCUUCCAGCACUCGUUCUUUGGGAAAUUUACUUAAAUCUAUAGGCUGCACUGGCUCUCUAGUCUUUCUUCUCCGUGCAUUUGUAGAUUAUUUUACAAAUAUGAAUGUGGACGACGGUUUUGGACAGAGUCAUGAUAAUGCUGAUGUUUGCCAAAGUCAGAUUCAUCAAGAGGACAGAGUGAGAGCACAAGAGUUCCCUCCCUUUACUCUUGUUAAUCAAGCCUUUGCUGUUGCUGUGGGAAAAGUCUUGGAAGGGUACAUCUGUGGAUUGGACACAAUUCAUGCAUCUGUAGUUUUCAGGCGUUCAUCAAAAGAUAUGGAUUUGCCUGUGCCCGGCUGUUUGAAGAAUGUAGUGCAUUCUGAAAUUACACUACUUGAGUUUUACCUGCAUACAAAAGAACUAAUGACUCAGAUUGAAGCCCUUGCAAGUGUAUGUAACCUACAAAAGUGGGCUCGUUGCUUUUCAGAUACUGCUUUCGAGGACCUGAUUACCGAAGCUACUUCUGAAUUUCGUAACUUCUGCAGAGGGGGGAAUUUAUUGACAUUUUUAUUUGGACAAUUACAGGUUGCUGAUCCUGCUCAUUGCACUCUGCUCAAGUUUCUUUUUAUUCAAUCUUGUGAACCAUAUUGUGGGUUCAUUAGAUCGUGGAUUUUCAAAGCAGAAAUACAUGACCCUUAUAAGGAGUUUGUCGUAGAAAAUAUGGACCAAUUACCUCCUAAGUUGCAUGUUAAAGCUGGCAACUCUGUUGACUUUCCGUUAGCAAAUGUCAAGGUGCGAGAUGGAGUUUCCAUUCCUGGAUUUCUCAAAGACUUAUUGGUUCCACUUGUUAGAGCUGGUCAGCAGCUUCAAGUACUGUUGAAAUUGCUUGAAAUGUGCAUUCAUGUUACUGCUGGAGAACACAGUUGUGAUGACUUUCUACCCUGCUGGAGUGGCUUUUCAAGCAAUAGUCUGUCUUAUUCUUCUCCGUUGGCUUUCAGCAAAGAUGUUAUAGAAGCUAUGGUGCUUGCUAGAGAAAAUUAUUAUAAAAGGAUGAAUGAAAAAAUUGAAAGCUUUUUGAGCAGCUUAGAAGUUAGAUAUCAGCAGGUUGCUAUAUGUGCUUCAGUACCUUCUUUUGAUAAUGGUGGAGGUACUUUAGACAAAGUUGGCCAGAUCAUGUCGGAAAACGAAUUUGUUGGUUGUCCAACAGCAGAUAAAAGAAGUUUAAAUAUGGGCAUUGAUAAUUUAGGCUCUGAUGUCUCAAGCACUGUAGAUGAGUUCUCUUUGCUGGAAGAUAUGUGUGGUUUAUCUGAAAGUUCAUCAUUAAACAGCUCUGAGGAGCAAUUGGAUUGUGAUCAGCUUAGUGGAUGGUCUUGUCCAGUAGCUGGGCAACAAAAUCAUUUAUCUGCUUUAACCUUCUUGAAGAGUACUACCUUAAAUAAUAAAAUACAAAAUUCCUGUCAUGAUGAAAACUGUGGCAGUGAUUUGCAUGGAAUCUGUGCUAUAAUGGAUUCUACUGAUCAUUUGGUGAAGUCCUCCCCUGAGGGAAUGGUAUCGAGUCACAUGUCUAAUCCUCUAAAUCUUGGGAAUUCAAGCUAUUUGUGUCAAGUCAAUAGUCAAUUUAGAGAGAGUUUGAUUGACAGUUGUUCAGCAAUGGGUCGCUUGUUGAAAAAAUCAUUUGAUAAUGGUGGAACUUUUGAGCCAAAGGUGACUGAAAAGCACCUGGGAUCCCUGAGCUAUUCUAUGUUAUGCCAUGAUGUUAUUACUGUCAGUGAUACUUUGAGUGGGAAGACCACAAAUGAAGAUCAACCUGACAAUGAUACACUCACUUCAUAUUUGUACGGUUUCCAACCACGGAAAUAUGGUCAUCAGUGUAAUCAUCCCAUCAUUAAUCCCCUUAGCGUGAACCCUAUGUUGACAAGAAAUUCAGUUCUUCACCCGAGGGGUAGGAAUGGGGAAAAAUACAAGGCUAAUCAUGAACAACAUUUGCCUUACUUUAAUUUUUCUACUGUAGAGGACCCAUGUAAGGUUUAUAUGGACAAACUGCCCACCAACUCUAGAUGUAGAAGUGCAUCUUCAUUUGCACCAGAUGGUAAUGUGUCUACUCGUGAUGAUAAGAAUAAUGAACAUGGAGAAAUUGGUUAUGGUAGAGAGGAUCGGUUGGUUGAUGUACCCAAAUUAUGUUUUGAUGCUUCACUGGAGUUGAUGGAGCAUAAAUCUUUAACAUCUGUAUCUGGGGGAAGCAGCUGGGAAAGAUUGUUGAGUAGUUUUGGAAAAACUGUCAAUAAUGACGAUACUCAAAAACAAACUUUGUUGUCAACAUUUGAGAUGCCACUUGAUAUUAUAAUUGACAAGUGCUUACUGCAGGAAAUCAUGCUUCAAUACAAUUAUGUCAGCAAGCUAGCCAUCAAUGUGCUUGAGGAAGCAUUUAAGUUGCAAGAACAUCUUUUGGCACUACGGCGGUAUCAUUUUAUGGAGUUAGCAGAUUGGGCAGAUUUGUUUAUCUUGUCUUUAUGGCAUCAUAAGUGGUCUGUUACAGAAGCAAAUGAGAGACUUUCAGAAAUUCAAGGUCUGCUUGAGUUGUCAAUUCAGAAGUCUUCUUGUGAACAAGAUACUCACAAGGAUAGGUUGUUUGUCUACAUGAAAGGACAUGGGAAAUUGCCUCUUUCUGCAUCUGCUAUUGGUGUCCGUUCUUUUGAUUUCUUAGGACUGGGUUACCAUGUGGACUGGCCACUCAGUAUUGUUUUAACUCCUGCUGCAUUGAAAAUAUAUGCUGAUAUAUUCAGCUUUUUGAUACAAGUGAAGCUUGCCAUUUUUUCAUUGACAAAUGUAUGGUGCUCGUUAAAGGAUUUGGUGCAUACAACCAAAAAAGAUCUAAAUUCUGAAGUACACCGACUUGAGACAGGGCAUCUUAAUAUAUUGAUGAAGACGAGGCACCAGAUCAGCCACUUUGUAUCUACUUUGCAGCAGUAUGUAGAAUCACAGUUAUCUCAUGUGUCAUGGUUCAGGUUCCUUCAUUCCCUUGAGCAUAAGGUGAAAGAUAUGAUGGAUCUUGAAUCAGUGCACAUGGAAUAUCUUGCUGAUUCGUUAUGCAUAUGUUUCCUGUCUGACGAAACAAAGGCAGUUGGCAGCAUCAUUGAGAGCAUUUUGCAGUGUGCACUUGAUUUCCGAUCUUGCAUUACAAUUGGGGCAUGGGAUUUUGGAAGUGAUCCGGAAGAUUUGUUCGGCAAACUUUCUAGGAUCAAUAUAUCCCAGGUGCUUUCUAUAAAACAGAAGUUUGAUAGAAGUCUAAAAGAAUUGCACAUAUGCUAUAUUAAGGAACCUAAACAUCGGAAUUUUGGGCUUUCUCGUUUCUGGGAAUAUCUCAACUAUAAUGAAUAUUAUUCAAAUGUCAGCAAUGAGACGGGGUACUAUACUGUCUGAAAGUUGCCAGCUUUGACAGAUCAACAUUGGUGUAUGGCUGGGUUUUCUUGAUUGGAAGAUAUUAGCAUAGGAGAACAAUUGAAUGUGGUAGAAGUGCCUUUGGGCGGUUUUGGCAAUUCAUGCGUGCUAGAAAUAUCUCAAUUGAUUUUAUCUUUGAUGAGGGAAAUUGCACAAUGAAAAAACAAAAAUAGUCGCUGUAUCUUCGUGUUUCCCAAGGAUACAAAUAUACAAAUGUUAUGAUUUAUUUUGUAAAAAAAAGAAAAGAUAAAAUGUUUUGAGUGACAAGAUUCUCUGUAGACUACACAUUAUUCAUGUUU